CUCGAUAAUGGUACAGAUUGUGAGAUUGAAAUAGAUUUCUGUGAGAGCAAUCCUUGUCUGCAUGGCGGUACCUGCCAAAAAAGACUGGGAGGUUACACAUGUGAAUGUGUUGAAGGUUGGCAAGGAACCAACUGUGAAGCUGUUGUUGAGCAGUGUGAGCUAGCGACGGGACGCCAGUGUCAGGGAGAUUGUUUCAACAUCUUCAAUGGCUACAGUUGCCAAUGUCCAGCCAACACAUUUGGUACAAAUUGUGAAAACCAGCCAAAUCCCUGCAGAGACUACAACAAAUGUCAGAAUAAUGCUGUAUGUUCCUAUGAUGGAAUGAUGAACUGCACUUGUCCUGGUAAAUACACUGGUGAUGGUUGCCAAAUCCUGAUAGAUUACUGUGGCCAGACAAAUCCAUGUGAGAAUGGUGCUAUGUGUUCUGUCACCAGUAAUGGAUAUCAGUGUACAUGCAAACCGGGCUAUGGCGGUCCUAGAUGUGAGCAGGAAAUAAAUGAAUGUGAAGAAAAUAAUGUUAGGUGCCCUGGAGGAGGACGUUGCCUUGAUGCCCUUAACAAGUACUAUUGUAGAUGUCCAAUUCGAAAGACAGGCACUGAUUGUCAGAAAGUUGCGGACGUGAAUUAUGACCUGUAUUUCAACCAUCCACAAGGACGUGGCUAUGCAUGGAUUCCAUAUCCCAUAGAGGUGGUAAAGGGUAACUUUAUAUCAGUUUCACUCUGGGUGAGAUAUUCAAUGAAUGAUGGCACCGGAGUAUACAUGACUCAGUUUGUUGGGCAAUCUUUAGAAGAGGCUGACAGAUUUAUGGAAUUUGAAGAAAAGGGUGUGAAGUUGUAUGUUCCAACAGCCAAUGCAAACUACCUUCAGUUAGAAUAUGAUCGCACAGCAAGAGUAAACGAUGGACACUGGCAUUUGGUUACAGUACUAUGUGAUAUGUUGACAGGGGAGGCAAAUCUUAUCCUCGACACCGUCUUUCACGAUACAAAAACACAUCCUGAUUUGGUGAUGCCUGCAGCAAAUUUCAGCAUGUGGGUUGUAUUGGGUUGUGAGUUUGACAAUGAAGAACACAGGUGUUCCGAAAGUGGCAGUGGUUUUCAUGGUUACCUCAGUCAGGUGAACUGGUACAAGCGCUUGCUCUCUUUUGAGUUUCGGGACCUUAUAGAAGGUGAUAUUCCCAAAAUAUAUCGCCUUCCACAACACGUUUUUUAUGAUGUAAAUAAAGAGGAUGAAAACAUUCUUGUUUGGAAUGAGUAUGUUUAUGGAAGUGGUGUCGGCAGAAUGUCCCCAUCCGAGGCCAAAGGUGACUUGUGCAGUAAGAUACUCAGGGAUCCACCCUGUAGUUCCUACACACAAACAACGCUUCUUCCAUCAGUGACUAAAUGCCCUGAAGACAAGAUUGUGUAUUCUAAUGAUCGAAUUGUUUCGGUAACAUGGGAAGAACCAGUUUUCCUCAACCUUGGAAGCCAGGGAAAAGUGUUUAAACCAAGCAGACUACCAGGAAGCUCAUUUACCUGGGGAGUGUACCAGAACACAUACAUUGGGGUAGACGGAGGCAAUAACAAGGCUUACUGUCAUUUUACAGUUUAUGUAAAUGCUGGACAGUGUGACACUCCCCCAGACCCUUACCUUGGAGAGCAGACUUGCAGUAAUGUGUCAGAACGUAAAGGUUGCAUGACCUCCUGUAAAAACCAAAACUCCAACAUGUACAUGAUAGAUAGGGCUCAACCUGAACUUUAUACCUGUGGACCGUCCGGAUGGUGGAACCAAGAUAAACCAUUCCGCAAAUUCAGAUACCCAUCCUGUGGACUUGUCAAGGCUACACCAAGAGUGAAGGCCUAUAUGCGUUUGACAUACAGAAUAGUGACUUCAGCUGAUGAUGCUGUCAAGAGAAAUGUGCGCAUUCGUACACGUGAAGAAUUUAGAGAUAUGGACAUCUUGUUCCGGGAUACUAGUAAUGUUCGUAAGCUAUGCCAAAAUCCUGACUGUAGUGAUUUGACUAUAGAGAUCAGUAUAACUUCACCAAACAGGAAGCGCAGGAGGAGACAGACUGAAUCUGUCAGAUCUAUGUUCUUAGAAGUCACUCUUCUGUCUGCUGAUGCAAGGACCAAAUUAGAUGAUGAAGAUAUAUCAACAGAGGAAUUCUUGAUUUAUUUCUUACUUGGUCAGCAAGUUCUUAAAUUUGACACCAUUCCUGGUCUAGAGUUCCUUGAAGAGAAAUUUGAGAUAGCGAUGACAGAUAUAUGCCCAGCUGGUGAAGUUCUACUGAAUGGGCAAUGUGUUGAAUGCGGGCCAGGUAAUUAUUUCCGCUACACAGACACAUCAAACACUACUGCUAUCUGUGAUGACUGUCCACUGGGAUCAUACCAGGAUGAAAGCCAUGCAAUGAAUUGCAAGCCUUGCGGUAAUGGUUUUACAACCCAAAUGACUGGUGAAUAUGAACAGAACAGUUGUAAAAAGUCCUGCCCCAUUGGAGAAUAUUUCAAUACUAUUAUUAAUGACUGUGCAAAAUGUGCCAUCGGAUUUUACCAGGAUGAAGAAGGUCAGUUCAGAUGUAAAGGGUGCCAGGCAGGCUACAUCACAAAAGACGAGGGGUCAACAUCAUCAGCACAGUGCUCAGUUUCAUGUGAUAGUGGAUAUGAGCUGAACAGCGAAGGAAACUGUGAUCCGUGUAAGAUUGGUCAGUACAGAGAUGCGACAGUGUCUCAAAACUGUGUUUCCUGUAGGCCGGGAUACAUUACAGCUAAUAUUGCAUCAAAAUCUGACAGUGAUUGUAACAUAGUUGCGUGCAAUGCUGGAAACUACCGUAAUGAAACUACAAAUCAAUGUAGUCCUUGCCCUUUGAACCAGUACCAAGAAGAUAAAUGGCAGACGUCUUGUAUACUAUGCGGUGAUCCAGCACGAUGGAGGACGGAGACAGUCGGGACCAUAUUUAAGUCAGAAUGCAAAUAUUACUGCCCAUCAGGAUAUCAAGUAAAACAGGACCCAAAUUACAGGUGUGAAAUUUGUACGAUUGGAACAUACAAAGAUAAUAAUGAAGAUAUACAAGGAAUGUGUGAAACCUGCCCUGGCAACAAGAGAAGUGAAAAUGAAGGAGCAAAAUCUGCUUUGGAAUGCACCAUUUAUAAAUGUCCUGUGGGCAACAGGCCAAACGGUGCCAAUACAGGCUGUGUGAAAUGUCCUCUUGGUGAGUACCAAGAUGUGGAGUAUAGCAAAGACUGUAAGAAAUGCCAGGAUGGUUACAGUACUAGACAGGUGGAAUCUACAUCUGCUGGAGAUUGUGAAACAUAUUGUGAGUCUGGAAGUGAAAAGAUAAAUGGAAUAUGUAAACCAUGUAAAAGAGGCUACUACAAGAACAAUGAUGAUGGUGUAUUUGAACCUUGCAAGCCAUGUAACAGUAUCUACACCACUAUUGAUAUUGGCUCUACUAAUGUUGCUGCCUGUAACAUCAGAACCUGUGCUCCAGGAACAAAGAGGAAUGCUGAUGAUACAGGUUGUGUGUCUUGUCCUAGGGGGACCUACCAACCUGAUGCCUACCAGAAAGACUGUAUAUCAUGUGAUGAUGGAACCUUUACACGCAAUGUCAACUCAACUGCUAAAACCGAUUGUGAGAGUUACUGUCCAUCGGGUUAUGAGAAGAUAAAUGGUGGAUGUGUUGGUUGUGAGAUAGGCUAUUACAAGGACAACAAUGACGGCUAUUUUGCUCCAUGCACACUAUGUCCCCUCCAGAAUAUUACUGAAAAUAAGAAUACUGAAUCAAGGAGUCUGUGUAAUGUUGGUAACUGUAGUGCCGGGCAAUACCUAAAACCUGACAAAACUUGUGACCUUUGUCCGAAAGGGGAAUUUCAACCAGAGAAAUGGAAGACUGAAUGUAUUGAGUGUGGAAAAGACCUAACUACUGAAAAUGAGGGAUCAGAUGCACGUUCCGACUGUAUUUUGGUGUGUAGCCCUGGAUUUGAAGAUGUUGGAGGGAGUUGCCAGGAGUGUCCCAGAGGCUUUUACAAGAUAGAGUCUGCUGCAGCCAAGUGUAAACCAUGUCAGGGUGGGACUACAACAGAAUCUACUGGUGCAACAAACCCUGGUUCUUGCUCUUUACCGGCAUGUACUGCUGGCCAAUACUUGGACAAAGUCACAAAUCCCUUGAGUCCUGUAUGUAGGUCAUGUGAUUAUGACACAUAUCAAGACGAAAUUUGGCAGGAACAGUGCAAGACUUGCCCAGACAACAAAGUCACUUUAUCAUUGAAAGCUGAUGAAGAGUCAGACUGUGUUUUGGAUUGUGAGUCUGGAAGGGAGUACAACAGCACUAAUGGUCUGUGUGAAUUCUGUCCUAUUGGGUUUUACCGAAACAAAGCUGAUCGCCAACAACCUCAAUGUCAGUUGUGUCCCAUAGACAAACUGACUGCAGGGGAAGGUGGCAAGGAUGUCUCGGAGUGUGUUAUUGCAAACUGCACAACAGAUGGUUACUACAGAGAAACAACUACAAAUACAUGCAAUAAAUGUCCACUUGGAACAUACAACUCACAGGAUUGGGUCACUUCUUGUACAAACUGUCCGCUUGGAAACUCAACAAAAUUCACAGGGGCUACUUCAGUUGCUGACUGCAGAUCUGUUUGUCCACUUGGUCAGUUUGUUGGAACAAACAAUAAAUGUGAACUGUGUGCUGUUGGAACGUAUAGAAGUGACGUGGCUGCCGAUACUUGCACACAGUGUCCAAAUGGCCGUCUUACCCCUCAGACAGGUGCAGACAGUGAAAGUAAAUGUACUGUCAGUCCAUGUGCAGCUGGUCAGAGUUAUGUGGAAAAUAGUCGCCAAUGUGUAGAUUGUGAAAUAGGUACCUACCAACCAAACGCCGGCAGUUUCCAGUGCAUUGAGUGUCCAUUUUCGAUCAAAUACACUCCUCGAAAAGGUGCUACAUCAGAGGACUUAUGCAGAAGUCCAUGUAAUGCUGGUGAGCAGUUUAAUGCUGCAUCCUCUACCUGUGUGCCAUGUCCAAGUGGUACAUUCCAACCUGAGGCAUUCCAGUUCACCUGUAUGCAGUGUCCAGCUGGGAGAAAAUUCACUACAGCUACCGGCUCUCGGAAGAUUGAAGACUGCCUAAGUUAUUGUUCAGCGGCAGCUGCCAAUGACUGUUCUUCAAAUGCAACAUGUUCUGUCGAUGACACAAAUGCACUUGGUUACUCGUGCACAUGUUUCACAAACUAUGAGCCUAGUGUAGGGCAAGUCACUGGCAGACAGUGUAUCCACAAAUGUGACCUUGGUUACUGUAAGAAUGGAGCCACAUGUACACGAGAGCCUCGACCAAGCUGUGUUUGCACUAAAUGGUACAAGGGAGAUUUCUGCCAGACCAGAGUCAAAGCAGAAGAUUUGUCAGACGACACUUUGGACAUUGUGAUCCCAGUCUCUAUAGCAGUUGGUGGACUGAUACUCUUCCUUAUCAUCCUUGCUGUGUGCUGUCUGUGCUGGAGAAGAGGACAAGCUGUGAAGGGACCACAAACUCAGUACAGUGAAUUCAAUGGAGAGAGGAUUGAUAAAGCAAGUCUACACUCGUAUCCAAUAGAAUAUACGAUGCCGUAUGGUAGCAGACCUCCGUCACGUCUAAUGAUGCUUGCUCCAGGUCCUGACAUGGUCUAUGAAAACCCGGCUUAUACCAUGAAAGAUCAUUCUGUACUCGAUGGCAGUAUAUUAGAACCGGCCGUGUAUGAAGCAUAGACAAGAUGUACACGUUUCUGAGAUUAUUUCAUCUGUAGAUAGAUUAAAUCGACAAGUGCUUCAUGAUGUUCAUUAGCUACAUUAUUAUAGAAAUUAAAAAUACAUUUUCACCCUUGUUCAGGAAAUUAAAAGACAGGAAUUUAUAAAAAAUUUAUUUGGAUAAAUAUUGAUUGAUAAUUUUUUAGUGGGGUGGGAUGGUUGCAAAAAUGCUUGUGUAAUUGGAAAGUUACAUAAUUUUGUACAUUAUAACUAAUCCAGGGUACAUUUAUAUAGCAUUAGAUGUUAAAAUAAACCUGUCUUAUUUGCCAUGACAUUUAGAAGGUAAUAUUCUGUGAAAUACAGUUUCCUCGACUUCCACAAGAAUCCUUGUAGAAUUCCGAAAGAAUCAUUGUAUGUAUACUGGUUGGGACCCAUUUUCCGGACAGGACCAGUUUCCAGACACAUGUAAUAUUCGCUUUAUUUCUUUGUUAUUAAUGUAAUUGUUUUAUCUAGAUCAUUCAGAUGUUUGUUCUUCAUGUCUACAACAAACCACUAUUUUAUUAGGCUGUAUAAUGUUUGGGUUUUUGAUGAUAACUCACCUGCGUUUACAAAACAACUUUCUGUCUUAACAGGGCAUGAAGAUAGCAUUGCGCAUGCACAGUAUUGCACACAUGCCGAGGUAUCAAGUAGGGAAGAAAUAAUCAAACUACAUAAUGAUUGUUUGCUGAUAACAUGUUCUACUUUUAAUUUCACGCUAAAGAUUACAUAAGAUGCAGGGCUGUCGAUUUUGCACUAAUUUUAUUCUAUAUUGGAAUUAUUAAGAAUUUGUAUAAGACAAAAUUCGAGUUUUUAUAGUCAACCUGGGUUUGCGUUUGUAGCUGCUAUUGAAUGUCAGGUUAUGUUUCAUGUGCAGUUUUGAAGAGAUGAAUGAUAAAGAAAUGUGUAGAAAUAGUUUAAUUACUUAUUUUGAUAUCAAAUUAAAAACAAAACACUGUCAAAUUUUUUGUCAGGAUACAGGUUUACCUGACGGGAAAAAUAACUUAUUUUAGUGAAUCCAUUUGAGGCCCCAUGGAACCCAUAUUUUACGUCACAACACGAUGCUGAUUACAACAUCGGAUGUGGAAGGAGCUGAAGUUUGUUCAAUGUGGGCUUCAUUUAUGUCAAAUAAUUUUUCAUGGAAUAAUGGAGCCGAAAUAUGAAAAUGUGUCCGGAAAAUGGUUCCCAACCAGUACACAUGUAAUUUGUAUCUGGGUCAAUUCCAGGUAAGCAAUGUUUAUAAUACUCAAAAAAAUAAAUAUAAUUAUGUAUAUACUUAUCUGUAUGUAUUCUCAUUCUACAUGUUGACAGCUAAUAUACAUAUAUAAACAUUUUUUUGAACAACUGAAUUGUGUAUGUAUGCAAGACAAGCUCUGUGUAAAAUGGUUGUAUCAUUUUGAUGAAAUACCAGCAUUCUGUAUUCUGUCAUAUUAAGUGUUUGUCCAGUAUGUGAGGAAUAUAUAUGUUUGUGUGUGUCAAGUUUGUGAGGAGUAUAUAAUGUGUGUGUCAUGUAUGUUAAGAAAACAUUAUGAUUGAGUUGGCUUUUGUAUAUUUUCUUAAAGAUACAUAUAUGCAUAGGAUAAAUGUGCUUGUUACUGUUAAAACUCAUUGUUUAAAAUUUGGUUGUUUUAAAACUAUUUUCUUUCAGUUAGCACUCAUAGUUGUGAAUCGUUUAUUCUUCUGAUGCAUAAUAAAAGUCACAGGUGUAAAUUCUAUACCACCUUGAAAAAUGACAUGUGUAAAUUCUAUACUACCUUGACAAAUGACGUUUAAGUUAUAUACCACCAUGAAAAAUCACAGGUGUAAAUUAUAUAUCACAUACAAAUUUGGUUUUAUUCAGUAACUGUUGUAAUACUAUGUUCUUGCCGUCUGCCAUCUGUAACUGUGAUAUUGUUUGAACCAGGUAAUUAUAACUUUAUAUUAAAUCUUAGACCAGCUUGCAUCAUUCUGUUAUUGUUUUAUGGUUUUACUUUAAAUGAUAAGUUUUACUUUAACAUUAUUCUUAUUUUAGAAAAAGAAUUUUAAAGAUUUCAUGGUCAAAAUAAACUGUUUAAUUUCAUUUUGUUAAUAUUUUUCAUGUUUUCGAGCUAUUGAGUGUCUUGAUUGUCUUUGUUAAGAUGAAACAGUACAUUUGAGCCAUGCCAUGGGAAAACCAACAUAGUGGGUUUGCGACCAGCAUGGAUCCAGACCAGCCUGCGCAUCCGCGCAGUCUGAUCAGGAUCCAUGCUGUUCGCUUUCAAAGCCUAUUGUAAUUAGAGAACCAGUUAGUGAACAGCAUGGAUCCUGACCAGACUGCGCGGAUGCGCAGGCUAGUCUGGAUCCAUGCUGGUCGCAAACCAACUAUGUUGGUUUUCUCAUGGCACGGCUCAUUUAUUCAAAUCCAUCGUUAAUGUUUCAUAAAGUAUGUUUAAAUGUAGUGUUAAAUUCACCAAUUGUCACAAAUUGUUUAAAUCACAGUAUCUCUUAUACUGAAAGAAAAUAGUUUCCUUUUGAGUAAUUAUUAUAUAAUCAAAGACGUUAUACAACAUUAAGAUAUAUGAUAUAUACAUACUUUUGUAUGAAAAUAAAAUUAUAUGACAAAAA